CUCUUUCAAUUUUUUUUUUCUACUUUUUAAAAAAAAAUCCCCUUCCCAUUCAUUUCAAAUAGUUAUCAGAGAACUAUGAAAUCUCGUAUCGUAUUAUUAUUUCUCGUUCUCGUGAGCUGUUUAUUAGCCACCGAAGCCAAAAAGACGCAAUCAUGGAAAUUUAUGAAUUUCAACAAGUAUAAAAAGUUGACCAUUGGCAAAGGUAGCGUCAUGGAUAAGAGCUGGGGAAUUCAAGAGCAUAGUGGCUGGCUUUGGUUUUGGAAAGGCGCAGACAAAUUAAAGAAUGCUGCUGCCAUUGAUCCUUCCAAAAAGACUAAAGAUCUCGUUCUUCGUGUAAAGUAUCCUGCCAACUCUGUAAAUCCUGAGUCCAACACCAUUGGCGGUCUCGGAUUUUUAGCUCAACCUCUCACAAUCAACAAGAGUGCAAAGGUCGUUUCCUUGCAAUACAGUGUUUUUUUCCCUAAAGGUUUCGAUUUUGUUCGUGGUGGUAAACUCCCUGGUCUUUAUGGAGGCCAUGGUGAAUGUACUGGCGGUAGCUCUUCAUCUGCUUGUUUUACUACUAGACUCAUGUGGCGUGGAGAUGGUUUCGGUGAAGUGUAUGCCUACUUGCCUCAUUCAUUGCAACGUAAAGAUCUUUGUGACGAUAAAGUCAAUAUCUGCAAUCCCGAUUAUGGAUUCAGUUUAGGUCGUAACAAGUUCCAAUUUAAGACUGGUAAAUGGACUAGUGUUCGCCAAGUUCUUACUCUCAACACCGCUGGUAAAAAGAACGGCAAACUCAACGUCUACGUCAACGGAAAGUUGGUUAUCCAAGAGAAAAAUCUUGUAUUCCGUACUUCUUCUUCUGGUCGUGUUGUUGGAAUCAUGUUCCAUACUUUCUUUGGUGGUUCCGAUAGCACUUGGAAGUCUCCCAAGUCUCAAUAUUCUUAUUUCAAGAACUUCUAUCUCAAGACUAGUACUUAGAUCUAUUAUUCCUUUCCUUUAUUCACCACGCAGUUUGGCGAAAAGAUUACAAUGUAAUCUAAAUGUCAAUAAACGUGCAUAAUACCCUCAGUAUGUCCCACUUUGUAUAUUCCUAUUUCCCGUCUCGUUUUUUUCUUUUUACAACAUGCAAUUAAAUUAAGGAGGCUGUCAUCACUAUAUGUAAUAAAUGUGUACGCUUGCCAAAUUUGGUUGAAUUUCUACCGUUUUUUAUCUUUUUUUCUUCAAUU